CUUAGAUAAUGUCAAUCAACUCUGAGUGUUUAACACUUUUAAGAGUAGAAAUGUAAACUUAGUAUGUGAAAUUUAAGCUGUUGCCUCUUCUGAUAUGUUCUUUCAGUACAUUUUGCCCUCAUUCUACUGGUGCUCAAAUUCAGACCUCAGCAGUCCAUCUAAGACUUGUUUUAUCCACUUUGAAGACUUUAAGUUCCAUCAUUCAAUUAAAAAUGGUGAGGAAUAGGAAUACUUGGUUUAAGUAUUCUUUCCUGCCCUUUGCUAUGUAUAUUCUACUGCAUAAAUGCCAAUCAUUGACAACUGACAGGGGAGACACCCUUCCAGUAGGGACUUCCCUUGUGGGAAAUCAGACCCUGGUCUCAAAGAAUGGCAAUUUUGCAUUGGGAUUUUUCAGUCCCAACAACAGCAAUAAGUGGUAUAUUGGCAUCUGGUAUGCCAAAGUGUCGGAGAAAACUUUUGUUUGGGUAGCUAACCGCGAAAACCCUCUGAGAAACAUGCCCGGCGUUUUAAAUUUAUCGGGAGAUGGUUAUCUUCGACUGUUUGAUUUACGUGGACAAUUAAUUUGGUCGUCCGACAACAGCUUGAUGGCGUCGCGGGCAUCAAUAUUGGAAUCGGGUAAUUUGGUUAUGGUAGGAACACGGGCCGGCAAUAUAUCUGAAAUUGUUUGGGAAAGUUUCCAACAUCCCGUAGAUACAUGGCUGCCAGGGAUGAAGAUGUGGAAAGGAAUGAAACUCACUUCUUGGAAGAGUUCUACUGAUCCGGCACCUGGACCUUUCUAUUUACAAAUGGAUCCUUCACCAGGAAAGACUCCGUUUUUGCUGUUCUCUUAUAACAGUGGUCCGUACUGGUCUAGCGGAGAGUGGACUGGAAAAUGUUUCGCAAAUAUCCCAGGAUAUGCCAUGGCGGGUUCGGGUAUUGAAGAAGUGUUUGUAACGCGUUCUCCUUCAAGAAUGUACUGCGCAUAUACAACAAGCAGUGCCAUUAUGGGACGCAUAAUUCUGGGAAAGAAUGGUGUACUUUGGACGUACAUUUUAGCUCAAAAUGGUGGGUGGAUAUCGGAUGGGUUCGCACCCAGGGAUCAAUGCAAAGUUUAUGGUGUGUGUGGGGCUAAUGCAGCAUGCAUUGGCUAUACACUAUUGACUGCUCAUGUCUUAGGCAAUGUCAAUGAUACAUGCACAUGUCUACAGGGGUUCAGGCCCAAAAAUAGCCGUGCUUGGGAUUCUCAAGAAUGGUGGUUAAGUGGUUGUGUUCGCCGAAGUUCAUUGCAGUGCACUCUCACAAAUUCUACAGACCGUUUUUUGGAAGUGAAGGACAAGCAUUUGCCCGUCGAUCAAGCGGCUACAUAUAGCAAAGAGCAAACUGUUAGGGGAUGCCAACUCGCCUGCCUCAACAACUGCUCGUGCAUGGCCUUUUGGCUCACUAACUCCUCUCUUCCUUUGUGUCGACUGUGGUUUGGAGAUUUGAUGAAUGUGCGCGACUCAGCCGGCGGCCAGUCAUUCUAUCUCCGGUUGGCAGCUUCUGAGUUACGAGAUUCGACAUUGAAGCGAAGAAAUAAAUCCUUUGGCCUUCACAUUUUGCUUCCUGGUGGCGCUGCGACUCUUGUUCUCGUUCUUGUUUUGGCCGUCUUGAUUAUGUGGAAACGUGGAAAAAUGCUAAAGGAGGAUGACGUCCCCGCAUCUCUCAGAGCAUUCACUUUCCGAAAGUUGCGAGUUGCAACUAGGAAUUUCAGACAUAAACUGGGAAGCGGAUCCUUCGGCUCGGUGUUCAAAGGUACUCUAGCAGACAAAACUCUCAUUGCUGUCAAAAAAUUAGAGGGUUUAGCGGGAACAGAAAAGCAAUUUCGUGCAGAAAUAAGUACCAUUGGUGAAAUACAACAUGUGAAUCUGGUGAGGCUAUUAGGAUUUUGUGCGAAGGGAUCUCAAAGGCUACUGGUUUAUGAGUACAUGCCAAACGGCUCUCUUGACUCCUUUUUGUUGAGUGGGACUGACGGAGAAGACCAAGUGAAGUCGUUAAGUUGGAAAACCAGAUUUCAGAUAGCGUUGGGUACUGCGCGAGGAUUAGCUUAUCUCCACGAGGGUUGCAGAGAUCGCAUCAUUCACUGUGAUAUUAAGCCAGAAAACAUUCUCCUUGAUGCCGAAUUCUGUCCCAAAUUAGCUGAUUUUGGUUUGGCAAAGUUGUUAGGUAGAAAUUUCAGCCGCGUACUGACCACCACGAGAGGAACGAUAGGUUAUUUGGCUCCAGAGUGGAUCUCGGGUCUUCCCAUCACUCCCAAGGCGGACGUGUAUAGUUUUGGCAUGACACUGCUGGAGAUUAUAUCAGGACGAAGAAAUAUGUACCUCAAUGCGCACAAUUCUAGCUCCUACUUCUUCGCUCCCUGGGCUGCCGAUCAAUUCCACAAAGGAAACCUGAUGGCUAUUGUUGAUGGAAGGAUAUCGGGUGAGGCAGAUGUUGAAGAGGUGAGAAGGGCUAUUACAGCGAGCAUAUUAUGCAUUCAAAGAGACGAAAUUGCUAGGCCAACAAUGGGUCAAGUCGUGCAAUUACUCCUAGGGACAGUGGAGACCAGCGCACCUCAAUUUCAGGCGUCUUUCGACAGUCUUUCAGAUCACAAUUGAAGCGAGGAAGAUGGAGUCCUUAUUCAACGGUUAGUCAUCUUCUAGAAAGAUUUUAUAUAUGGUCACUGUAAUAGUAUUUAAAAGUAUAUAACUUAGCCAUGUUAAUGCCAGCUAUGUAGAUUUAUUAGCAUAAAUAAGUAAUGGAAUUUGUUACAAUAUUUUGUUAUAUUAUUUCGAAACAAUUAUUAAUGUUC